AUGGAGGAGCUGCUGCGACGUCUGGUUAUAGUUAGCGAGGAAAUGGGACUAAAGAUCAACCAGUCCAAAACAAAGAUCAUGAUCGUGGAUAAAUACGGCACCCUUAACGAGAAUAAUAUUCUUGGCCAAUACGACAUCGUCAAGACUUUCGUGUACCUCGGCUCGAUUAUUUCCAAUAGAGGUGGAUCGGAAACCGAAAUAAGGCGACGCAUCGGAAUGGCCAAAUCCGCUAUGAGCCAGCUAAACAAAAUAUGGAGAGAUCGAAACAUACUCAAGAAGACGAAAGUGCAAAUUGUUGAGACGCUCGUUUUCUUAAUCUUUUUGUAUGGGGCUGAGACCUGGAUCUUGAAAGAGUCUGACAGGCGACGCAUAGACGCGUUUGAGAUGUGGUGCUGGCGGCGCAUGUUGCGCAUCCCUUGGACGGCUUUGCGGACGAACGCUUCCAUCCUCAACGAGCUAAAAGUUGACCAGAGGCUAUCUACCAAAUUUGCUCUCGCGUGGAACUAA